UGUUUUGAGAAAGUAAACCCUAACCCUAUCACCCUUUUCUGCAGUGCCGUCACUCAUACUCUCUCCAUUUCCAAAAUUCAAAUCCUCUCACAAUUUCAGCCCACAAAUUCGCACCUCUCCGGCUCUCCUCUCAUCGACGUCCGCCACCAUCCUCCCCUCUCACUGCCACCGUCUCAAACUCUCACGGUUUCACCUCAAAAUCGUCGUCUUCCCGCGUCUGAGGGCUGAGGCAGAAUCGUCGUCCCCUUCCCUCGUUGCAGCCUGAACGUCACCGCCUCCAGCCCGGUCUUCAUCGCAGCUUCCAGUACGGUCUCCGUCGCCGCCUCCAGCAAGAUCUUGGCCUAUCUUCAUCGCCGCGGCAGCAGCAUCUUCGCCGGUCUUCGUCGCAUCUCGUUCGUCAUCCUCUUCGCCGUUCGCCACUCGUCCUUCCGCAAUUGUGGUGCGGUGAAUUAGAGAGAAGGCAGGGCAGAGUGCAGGAGCAAAAGUGAAACCCGCCACGAAUGUAAGCACAACACAAGUUUGUAUUGUGCCAGCAACCAAACACAUAAUCGGCGGCAUAACUGCACAACAACAAGAAGAAUAGUUGGCAGGCAUGGCGGCACCUGAAUCCCCUGUCUGCUAUGUCGGUGUCGCCAGGCAAUCCGCUGCUUUUCGCCUCAUGAAGCAAAUGGGAUGGGAAGAAGGUGAAGGCCUUGGCAAAGAGAAGCAGGGAAUCAAAGGCUAUGUCCGUGUUCAAAACAAGCAAGACACUAUUGGAAUUGGCUUAGAGAAGCCAAACAAUUGGGCUUUUGACACUACUCAGUUUGAUAAUAUCCUCAAAAGGUUGAAAGUGCAAGCUCCACAAGUUGAAGACUCAGGAAUAGAGGAAAGAAAACCUAAUGUGCGAACCAAGACUAGUGUACCUUUUGAUGAUGAGGACUCUGUCUCCAAAGCUACCAGACCACAAGGAAGAUACAAGAGAAGAGAGAGGGGGAAGCUCGUCUCUGAAUAUUCCUUAAAGGAUCUUGAAGGAAUUCUUGUUAAAAAGGGUGAAGUAUCUGACGUUGAUGAUGAACUGGACUUGUUAAAGGCAUCUGAAAUUCAAAAUGUUAAAGGCACAGAACCUGCUUAUCCAAGCAUUCCUCCAGAGUGGUGGGGCUAUAAGUAUGGGUUUGUUUCUGGUGGAUUUCUUGGGGCAGAAUUAAAGAAGAGAAAAUCCCUUACAUCUGAAGGUGCUAAAAACAGGAUGGAGAGAACUGCAUUUCAUGAAGAAGAUCAAGAAAAUCUCUACAACCUAGUCCAAGACAAAUCCACCACCGGAAAGCAAGGACUAGGCAUAAAGGACAGGCCCAAAAAAGUAGCUGGCUGCUAUUAUCAGGGUAAAAAGACAUCAUUUGAUAAUAGUGAUGAUGAAGGAUCUGAUGAUACUGAUUCUUUGGAAAAACAAACACACAACAAUUUAGUCAAAGUAGAAAAGGUGGUUGAAUCCAAAGUGAAGCUGAAGAAGUUGUGUAAACAACUUUUACGAACGGUGCCUGGAGAAUCAUUGAAACUGAAACAGCUCAAAGCCCUUAUUGAUGAGCAUGCAUCUUCGGUUUUGUCCAACUUUUCAUCGAAAAAAGAGGCUAUUGCUUACCUGAAACAAAAGCUUACAGGGAGUCGGAAGUUUUGUAUUGAAGGGAAAAGAGUUCGAUUGGCAUCUUAAGAGAAACUGAAUAUCUGAAUUUUGAUACCAUUUUUGCAGUAUUUUGAGGGAGAAAGAUGGCAGCGUGCAUUUUAUUGGAGGCCAAUUUUGUUACUUAAGAUUUGUCAACCGAUGUAGGAAAUUAUAUAGCAUUUUACGAGAUUUUGUUCUCAUUUUUUUGCUUACCUGGAUAUGAAUAAUUGGCAUUGAUAUUUUACUAUUUUAAAAUCUCUGGGGUAACCAGGGACCAUGAUUAUUUUGGCAAAGUCUGUGUGUUGGGCCUUUUGUGUUUGUGACCAAGUUGGACAGUUAAAAUAUAAAGCGGCAAACCCUUAAAUGGA